AUGCGCGAAGAGAGCUUCAAGCUUUUCCUCAUUGGUCUUGAAAAGAUCAACGCCGAAGUCAUCAGCUUGAUUGACCUGCAGGGAAAUUUGGACCGUGAGUACGCGGUCGGCUUUUUCUUCGGCAACAAACCGAGUCGAAGCAGCCUUAAGUCUCGUUGGCCUGAGAAUGACAUAUCCUCUCCCUUGACACCCUCGGCAACGGCCGAGCAAACGGACCAGCACCGCGUAUCUAGCUCUGUAUCGAUAGCACCUCCGUCAUCUAGGGUAUCCGCGGUGAUACCUCUACCACCUCGCAGUGGGCCUUCCUAA